UGUGGGGAGAGGGGCGGGUUCUGGCCUACUGGGGAAGGGACCACUCCCACCCUGCAUCCAGUUUAAAAUUUGCAAUCUGAUUCCCUGGUGGUCUUGGAGGGAGUUUAGGGAGUGUGUGUUUGCAGGUUCCCGACCCCCACCCCCACCAUCCUUCAGACUCCCUGAGGGCUCUGGGGAGAGGUCUCCAGGGGCCCAAACCCAGUCCUGCCUGCCCUGCCCCCACCCCCAGGGUCGUGAAGGGGCUCCUUCUGGGAAGACCCAAGCCCUCGGGGCCUUUAGAGGAAGGGCUUUUUAAAUAGCUCCCCCGUUCCCCAUCUGUCUGCCUCUUGUUUUGGUCACUCAGACCUCUUCUUUUUCUCUGUUUUUCUGUGCGUCUGUCUCCUCUGCUCUUGUAGGGCCGUCUCUAGGGCCGAGGUGCCCAUCCUGCCCCCUGAGCCCACCAUUGCCACUGGAGAAUGAACCAGCCACAGAGGAUGGCACCCGUGGGCACGGACAAGGAGCUCAGUGAUCUCCUGGACUUCAGCAUGAUGUUCCCGUUGCCGGGGGCCAGCGGCAAGGGCCGGCCCACCCCCCUGGCUGGUGCCCAGUUUGGAGGCUCAGGUCUCGAGGACCGACCCAGCUCGGGCUCCUGGGGCACCGGCGACCAGAACAGCUCCUCCUUUGACCCCAGCCGGGCCUACGGCGAAGGCACGCACUUCCCUGAGCCCCACGACAGCCUCUCUCCGUCCACAUUCCUGGGACCUGGGCUCACGGGCAAGGGCAGCGAGCGGAGCGCAUACACUGCCUUCGGUAGAGAUGCGGGUGUUGGCGGCCUGAGUCAGGCUGGCUUCCUGCCCAGCGAGCUGGCCCUCAGCAGCCCGGGGCCACUGUCCCCUUCGGGCACCAAGGGCGGCUCCCAGUAUUACUCCUACGCCGGCCACCCUCGGCGGAGAGCCGCGGAGAGCGGACUGGACACACAGCCCAAGAAGGUCCGGAAGGUGCCGCCAGGUCUCCCGUCUUCGGUGUACCCGUCCAGCUCAGGUGACGACUACGGCAGGGACACCGCCGCCUACCCACCCGCCAAGACCCCCGGCGGCACCUACCCUACCCCCUUCUACACGGCAGAUGGCAGCCUGCAGCCUUCGGCCGAGCUCUGGAAUCCCCCGGGCCAGGCGGGCUUCGGGCCCGUGCUGGGCGGGGGCUUCGGCGGCCUGCAGCCACACGAGCGCAUGGGCUACCAGCUGCACGGAGCGGAGGUGAACGGACGGCUGCCAGCGGUGCCCACCUUCUCCUUGGCCCCCGCAGCCGCCUACGGCAGCGCCCCCAGCCACACGCCCCCCGUCAGCGGGGCCGACGGCCUCCUGGGCUCCCGCGGGACGUCGGCCGGCAGCUCUGGGGACGCCCUCGGGAAGGCAUUGGCCUCGAUCUACUCCCCGGAUCACUCGAGCAAUAACUUCUCUUCCAGCCCCUCGACCCCCGUGGGCUCCCCUCAGGGCCUGGCAGGGACGUCUCAGUGGACCCGAACAGGAGCCCCCGGUGCCUUAUCGCCCAGCUACGAUGGGGGUCGUCACAGCCUGAACAAGGUAGAGGACCGCCUGGACGAGGCCAUCCACGUGCUGCGCAGUCACGCGGUGGGCACGGCAGCUGAUGGUCACGGGCUGCUGCCUGGCCACGGGGCCCUGGCCUCCGGCUUCCCCGGCCCCGUCCUGCCCCUGGGUGGGCGACACGCCAGCCUGGUGGGAGGCGGCCAUUCGGAAGAAACGCCCACAGGCGGCGGCAACCUCGCGCACAGCCACGUAGCCCUCCCCAGCCAGCCCGGCCCCCUCCCCGACCUCUCUCGGCCACCAGACUCCUACAGUGGACUCGGGCGCGCCAGUGCCGUCUCGGGUACCGGUGAGAUCAAACGGGAGGAGAAGGAGGACGAGGAGGACGCCUCAGUGGCUGACAACUCGGAAGAGGAGAAGAAGGAGUUGAAGCCCCCCCGGACUCGGACCAGCCCGGACGAGGACGAGGACGACCUUCUCCCCCCAGAGCAGAAGGCUGAGCGGGAGAAGGAGCGCCGGGUGGCCAAUAACGCUCGGGAGCGGCUGCGGGUCCGAGACAUCAAUGAGGCUUUUAAGGAGCUGGGGCGCAUGUGCCAGCUGCACCUCAACAGUGAGAAGCCCCAGACCAAACUGCUCAUCCUGCACCAGGCCGUGUCGGUCAUCCUGAACCUGGAGCAGCAGGUGCGAGAGCGUAACCUGAACCCCAAAGCGGCCUGCUUGAAGCGCAGAGAAGAGGAGAAGGUGUCGGGCGUGGUCGGAGACCCCCAGAUGGUGCUUUCGGCGGCCCACCCGGGCCUGAGUGAGCCCCACAACCCCGGCGGGCACAUGUGAGAGGGGCGCCGCGCGGGACAGAGUGCGGGACAGAGCGGGACGAGUGACCGGCCCACGCCCCGGCCCCGGGCGCGCCUGUGGUCGGCAUUGAGCCGGCACCGCCCCGGGGGGAGGGGGCAGGGGUGGGGGCGCCCCUCCCUGGCCUUGAGCCCCCCACCCCCGGGUCUCACGGCCUUGACACCUGGGGACUUACCUGACGGAUCCUGAAACUGCAGCCCAGGCCCGGCCCAAAGGGGCAGUUUUGUUUUGUUUUUUAUUUGUAAAGAAAACCAGAAAGUGAGCAAGAUAUACACUUUGUCAGAAGAGACAAAAAAUGCCUUAAGUCUAAAACGCGGGGGAGUCCGAACCUGCCGCUCGCCGGACGCGGAAGCUGCACAGACCGGCCGGUUCUGGACGAGCCGGCGAACGUGCCUACGCCUAACCCUUGUCUUAAGGAAAACAAAGGACGUUAGUUAGGAGAUUUUUUUUUUUUUUUUAAUGUAUUAGGAAAUUAGCAACAAGGAUGCCUUUGAUCUUUUUUUUUAAGCUUUUUUGCAUAUGUUUUGUAAGCAACAAAUUUUUUGUAUAAAAGUCUCAUGUCUCUUGCUAUUUCUGCUGAUUCUAGAGCUGAGCGUUGCAUUUCACGAUCAACAGAUUAUUAAAAGUGUAUUGAAAAGA